UUUGGUUUUGGUUUUGGUUUUGGUUUUGGUUUUGGUUUUCGCUUUGUUUUUUUUAGGCAUUUCUGGUCCACAUGAAGGCCACGUGGGUUGAUAUAGCAAAAGAGACUGUUGGACUUGAAAGCGCCCCUCCGGGACCUUCUGGUUUGUGUAGCAGUGAAACUGAAGAUCGCCCCAGUAAGAGGACCUCUGCUUCUAAAGCUGCUUCUUGCAAAGAGCUGGAGAUUUGUUUUAAAGAUUUAAGUCUUGCAACGAUUGACACCAAUGAAGCGGCUUCAAAAGUUGCAGAUUUACUAAAUCUAGACAAGGUUUCAAUGAAUAAUCCAUCGGAAGAAAUUGUGGUGAGAUGUAGAGAAUUCUGCUCUUACUUGAAAAGCAAUGAAAGAGAUGAUAUUGUAAAGAAAAUAAGGGRUUUGCUUCCAAGUGGAAUGACAGGGCCACUUACAAAUGAAAAGGUACUAGUGGGAGACAUGAUCGGCAAACUAGAAGACCUUACUCGAUCUUUGUGCGGUAAUGAUUUGUGGAAGACAAUGGCUGAUCACCUCGGCAUUCGUCGCUGCCAUUUUGGGUUUCAUGGAAAUAAGGAGAACCCCGCAGAGAGUAUAUUAGAAGACGUUUGUCGCAAAAGAAGACUUACAAUUGGAGAUUUGUAUGAUGUACUCUGCAAGUGUGAUGCCAAUGCACUUGCUGACGAGUUCUUGUAGCCUUGCCUCGUCUUUUCGUUUAUAUUAGUUUCACUAGACCAAACUAGGACUAUCGAAAAUCUCAGAGUUGGAACAAGUGCAUUUUGUUGUAAAAGGUUCCUGCCAAAUCUCCAGCAACUUUUGAUUAUCAGCAAAACCCAACGAUCAAUAUAUUUUCGAGCGCUGUUAUUGGUUCAAAUGUGUCACGUGCAUGCAGGACCGAUAUCAGACAUAGAAGUGAUAUCCAUUCAGUUAAAAGAUAAAUACUUAUUUUAAUAAAGUUAGUCACCAAGAACCUAGAAAGCUGAGAUCACUAAGGAUCAUGGGAAACAAUUCAUUUCAAACAAGUGAAUUUUUUUUGAUACAAACUGCAGCUUGAGGAUACUCAGGACAGUUGAGACUGUAACGGGUAAAAGAUCUCAAAUCCAUCAACAGUUAUCUAGCGGUUGAAACAUGUAAAAUGUAUCUGCCCAUAAUCCUUGUCGGCCUCAGCUUUAUAGCUUUUCAGGUAAAUAAGUAUAUAUACGUAAAAACAAAGAAAGUAAAACAUAGGAAAACAAAGAAACUAGGUUUUCACAAACAAGUGAGAGUGAAAUAAGAAACUGGUUAUAGAAACUACGCCAGCAAACACACAAAAAAAAACAUCAAAAAACCAUGUGUAGAUGAUGAUUCGUAACCUUGAGUUAGCAACCUCUAUUCCAGCGGAGUGGUUACAAAAUCUAAUAAAUCCCUUCUGGCUCACCUAAAACCAUAUACUCACAACGGACGUUUCUAACACAGUUUCAUCUUUUAAUACCGUAUUUACAUAUUUACCUGCUAUUAAACAAGUAAUCCUGAUUCGCCGAACACUUCACAACUACGGUUUCAGAACUUCCAAUACUUUCUUUAUUAACUAUAACCUUUUACAUUUUGAUAGCGUUCAGUUCGAAAUCUAAGCGAAGGACAGUACAAAAGAAAAAAGCCUUAAAACAUUGUCUAAAUUAAUCGAGCUAACUGAUACAAAUGAAAUUAAAUGAAAGGACGAACUUACCCGGUAGCGUGUCUACUUUUCAGAAUCUGGCGAAAGAUUAAACUCAUUCUUAACAGAGGUCCUUUUAAAACCUCACUCGGAAAAUCGAUUACAUAAUUAAGACUAAUAGAACAAAGAUGAAUGGUGUGCACGGGAUUCACGAUUACAUAGCUUUGCAUUAUUUUCGCACCGAAACAAAUCCGUUCUGGUGAAUCAUGACGUAAGAAGACAGUACAGAGAAAAGAAUGGUUCUGGAGCCAUAUACAUGAUGUGUAACCAAUAAUUUAAUACGAAGUGAAUACGACUGUUUAAUAAUAAAUAAUAACGAAGUUUUUUGUAUGGAUAAAAGCGGCGCUUAUUCGGGGGCGGCGCUUAAACGAGUAAAUACGGUAUAUAAUCAUGAUAACAAUAAAUAAUACAUAAAUUGAA